AUGGAUAAAUCACAAUUCAGUACAUCAACUAAAGAGCCUCCUAUAUCCAAAUACGUUAACCUCAGUCAUAUCAAUAAUAGUGGUAGUAGACCAGAUCCACCAAUACCCUCCACGUCUUCGAUGCUAACGUCUUCUAGAGAGCCUUCCAUCAACACAUUCACUUCGUUUCUGCCCUCAGUGCUUGAUCUUCCGGCUAUCAUCACCGAGAAGGACUUUGGCCAUACCACGCAGACAUAUUCCAAUAUGCUCCAUAAGGCAGCGACCUUGCUGAAGGCAUUGGACCAACUCAGUGGUGCUUAUGCUGAGUUCGGCAGUGCCUUGGAGAGUACCGUACGCGAGUGCCCCAAGCUCCAUCAUCUGGGGGCGUUCUCUGAAGGUCUAGUCAAUGCUGGAGGUCUUCAAUAUUUGGUGGGGAUAGUGCUGCAGAUAUCAGGACGAGUACUUCGAGAGUCAUUUGAAGAACCUCUUCGAGAUUCAUUAGGGCAGUUACAAGAGUACUAUACCCACCAUAGAGCAGAUUACCAGACUCAAGUCAAGGAGAAGUCUCAGACUUUGAGAGCCAUGGAGUUGGAGAAUGUCAAGCUUCUGAAACUGAAGACUCGGAAUAUCUCAACUUAUAAGAACAAUUUGGUGAGUUUGACCAACCAAUUGGAUGAUUUGGAUCGACUUAAAUAUGAAUACUAUCGAGAGGUAAACGAGAUGAUUGAACGGUUUAAUAACGAACAACUACUAGUUAAAUGUGGUUCGUUUGUUAGAGCUCAAUUGGAGUUACAUGAAAGUAUAGCGAAAAAGGGUUGGACUGGAGGUGGUCUUGAGGGUUUACUAAACUUAUCGCCCGAUUUGUUUGAAGUAAAGGCCUCUUAUUCUGAAAGUGAUGGUAUAAAUCAUGACAACGAACAAAGAAAUUAUGAUCAAGACGAGGAUGUGGAUGUUGACGAAGUUGAUGAUGAUGAUGAUGGUGGUGCAGACAUUUCGGUACGCACAAUCACUGGUAUACCAUCAACAGAUUCAUUUCAUAAUCCAACUGAUUCUAUUCGAGGUCAAUCGCUGGUUAUCAAUGAUACUUCAACUCCAACCUCAGGUCCCAAAGGUGACGAUGAAAUCAACACUUCAACCACAGCAGAUGAAUCAUUUUCUUUGCCUAUAGUUAACCCUACCACCAAUCCAUUGUUACGACCUUUAGACGGUGUCUGA